AUGAGUUCUACGAUACCUGAUAAAAUGAGGGCGGUGGUCUUCAACGGUCCAUUCGACGUCAAAGUUGUGACCAAACCAACGCCCCAGAUUCGCGAGCCCACCGACGCCAUUCUCAAGGUCUCUUCCACUGCUUUGUGCGGCAGCGACUUGCAUUACUAUCGAGGUCACCAGAAAGCAACGCCUGGAUUUGUCUGUGGGCAUGAAACGGUCGGACAUAUAGUGGCUUUAGGCGACUCGGUCAAGAACCAUCAGCUCGGUGACCAUGUCGUUGUUCCCUUCUCCACUUCUUGCGGCGACUGCUUCUAUUGUAAUCAAGGCGAAUCCAGUCGCUGUUCAAAGGCUGCACUCCUUGGGUGUAUCACACCGACAUUUUCUUUGGACGGAGGGCAAGCGGAAUAUCUCCUAGUACCGAAUGCGACAUCGUCGUUGGUGAAAGCCCCGUCAAGGAUUGCAGACGACUUGCUCGUUUUGAUGGCAGAUGUGUUCCCAACUGGAUAUUUCGCCGCCAGCCGAUUUCUCAAAGACCUAUCCGAAAAGCAACAGGGAGAUACUGUAGCUGUGGUUCUUGGGUGUGGUCCUGUAGGGAUUUGCGCAAUCGCUUCAGCUCUCCAUCUCACCAAUAACAAAGCCAAGGUCUUUGCAGUGGACUCGAUCCCAGAACGGCUGGAAGCAGCCAAGAAAUUAGGUGCAAUUCCGAUCAAUUUGUUAGACAACCCAGUUGAGAAGAUCAAGGAAGCUUCAUCUGGCCGCGGUGCAGACGUUGUAAUGGAAGUUGUCGGCCACGCCGACGCUCUCGAGCUGGCCUUUGAUAUGAUCCGCCCCUUCGGCAAAAUUUCUAGUGUGGGAGUGCACAAUGAACAUAUCAGCUUCCCAGGCUUUGCUCUAUACUCGAAAAAUGUGACAUUGGCCUUUGGCCGGUGUCCUGUACGGAGUCUGUUUGACGAGACUGCUGCGGUAUUGGAGGAAUUACAGGACAAGCUUCUCUUCUUGUGCCAGAACAAAAUGUCUCUUGAGGAGGCUCCGGAGGCUUUCAAGUUAUUCGAGAAGAUGAAAGUACAUAAGAUUUUAUUUAGCGUAUAA